AUGGCUGGUGGCAAGUCCGAUGGGUCACCGGACGCGGCCAGCCUCGCUCUCCGCAUCGCCACCGUGGCGCUGUCGGUCGCCUCGGCGGCCAUGAUGGCGUCCGCCUCCCAACGCUCCUGCGCCGGCUGCGCUCCGGCGAGCCAGCCGGUGUCCUACAGCGACUACAGCUCCCUCAAGUAUUCUCUCUCCGCCAGCAUCGUAUCGGCGGCGCUGCAGGCUGCGGCGGCGUGCCUGAAGGCGCGCGGCAAGGAGGGCGAGAGCAAGGCGGCCAAGUCGCUGGCCGAGCUCGUCGACACGGCGGCGCAGGUGCUGCUCUACUCGUCGUCGGCGCUGGCGUUCUCGGUCGACGACUUCGGCACCUGCGGCCACAGGGUCGCUGGCGUCUGCAAGGGCUCCGGCGAGUUCUGCCAGCGGGUGCGCGCGUCCGGGGCCGUCUCCAUGGCGGCGGCCGUCGCCCUGGCCGCGUCCAAGUACCUCAACGACGUGCCGGUGUCGACGUGGUUCAAGGGCGAUGAGAAGAAGGCGAAGCAGGGUUGCGGCCGCGGCUGUCAUUGCCACCAUUAG